GAUUUGGAAGAGGGGUUUCAUUACAGGAAGGCUCGGAAGUCUGCAGCAUUUGGCUCCAUCCAGCAGGCUCAUGUUUCUUACUGCUUUGGCUUGAAGACAAGAGUUAUGCCAAAGAAAGCGAAGCCUGCCAGGAACGGGGAGGAAGAGGGGCCUGUUCCCUGUAAGCAAGGGAAGUUAGAGGCCGCUCAGGCGCCUUCUACACUAAACUUUGAGAGCCCCACUGUUCUCUUUGAAAGUUUAAUCUCACCCAUCACCACGAAGACCUUCUUCAAGGAAUUUUGGGAGCAGAAACCCCUUCUCAUUCAGAGAGAUGACCCUACAGUGGCCACAUAUUACCAGUCUCUGUUCAGGUUGUCGGACCUGAAGAGUCUCUGCGGUCGGGGCCUGUACUAUGGAAGAGACAUCAACGUCUGCCGGUGUGUUGGCGGGAAGAAGAAGGUUUUGAAUAAAGACGGCAAAGUGCACUUUCUCCAGCUGAGAAAAGAUUUUGAUCAGAAAAGGGCGACGAUUCAGUUUCACCAACCUCAGAGAUUUAAGGAUGAACUCUGGAGGAUCCAGGAGAGGCUGGAAUGCUACUUUGGCUCCUUGGUUGGCUCGAAUGUGUACAUCACCCCUGGGGGUUCUCAGGGCCUGCCGCCCCAUUAUGAUGAUGUGGAGGUCUUCGUGCUGCAGCUGGAGGGUGAGAAGCGCUGGCGACUGUACCGGCCCACUGUGCCGCUAGCCCGGGAGUACUGCGUGGAGGCUGAAGACAGGAUUGGGCAGCCGGUGCUCGAGGUCACCCUGAAGCCAGGUGACUUGCUGUACUUUCCCAGAGGGACCAUUCAUCAGGCGGACACACCUCCAGGGCUGGCCCACUCCACUCACCUGACCAUCAGCACCUAUCAGAACAAUUCAUGGGGAGAUUUUCUUUUGGACACCAUUUCGGGGAUCGUGUUUGAAACUGCAAAGGAAGACGUGGAGCUGCGGGCUGGGGUACCACGGCAGCUUCUCCUGCAGGCAGAAACUACAACUGCUGAAACGAAAAGACUGAGUGACUUACUGAGGACUCUUGCUGAUCGGCUGGAGGGCACCCAAGAACUGCUUUCAGCAGACAUGAAGAAGGAUUUCAUUAUGAACCGACUCCCACCUUUCUACAUAGGAGAUGGAGCGGAACUUUCAACUCCAGGUGGACAGUUGCCAAGGCUAGAUAGUACAGUGAGACUGCGGUUUCAAGACCACGCCAUCCUCACCGUGGGGCCAGAUCAGGAGCGUUCGGAUGAAAUGCGAGAGAAGAUGGCUUAUAUUUAUCAUUCCUUAAAGAACAGGAGAGACACACACAUGAUGGGAAAUGAAGAAACGGAGGCUCACGGGCUUCGUUUUCCUUUAUCACAUGUGGAAGCACUAAAGCAGAUCUGGAACUGUUCAGUUAUUUCUGUCAAAGACUUAAAACUUCCCACGGAUGAGGAAAAGGAAAACUUAGUAUUAUCUCUCUGGUCAGAAUGUUUAAUCCAAGUAGUCUAGUGCUUUUGCUGAAUCAAGGCUCAACUAUUUCAUGUAUCCAUUUGAAAAUAAAGAUUUAUGUUCCACUACCUAUUGUUGUCAUGGUCAUAUGGACUAGA